AUGCUGAUGGCGCUCAGCGUCCUCCUCCUCGUCACGAUGCUCUUCAUCACCCACAACAGCCUUGACUCUGCCGUCGUGCGUGGAGAUUCUGAUCAGCAGCGGCAGUGGAUGGCGCAGCAGUUCUCUCGCAUCCACUCCUCGCAGCUGCGGCUCGAGGAACGGCUGCAAGCGAUCGACGGACGGCUGGACGGCCUGGUUUCCAACGGCCUGCCGCAAGCGUCGCAGCCACUGCUGGCGCAGCCAGCCAGCGCUGCCGCCGACACCGUGGCGCCUGAGAGAGGUCUGCGGCAGCCGAGCGCUGCAAAGGAGGGCCGGGCGAAGCGGCACGCGCGCGGGAGCGCGUCGGCGGCGGGGUGCGAGGGCGAGCGCCGCCCGUACCACGACUCGCUCUACCAGGCGUGGCAGACGCGGAUCAUGUACUACCACUACCAGCGCCAGAGAGCGGCCGACCCGUGCGGCGAGGUGGGAGGCUUCACGCGGAUGCUGAACUCGGCGACGUGGCGGCCGGGCGAGGAUGCGACGGGGCAGCCGGGCGAUGAUGCUGAGAUCCCCACCGUCCUCGUCGACCAGCUGACCCCCGGCAGCGGCUGCCGCGAGGGAGGCGACAGCGACACGUGCGACUUUGGCUUCCCCGUGAUGAACCGGCCGCACGGCGUCGCGCAGCUGCUCGCCAAGAUGGGGCGCGGCGAGGUGCCGCAGAUCGUCGAGGACUACGUCCUCAUCACGGAGACGGACCACGUCUUCCUGCGCCCGCUGCCCAACCGCGCCACGCCCCAGCGGCCGGUCUGCUACCCCUUCGGAUACAUGAAGGCCGAGGCGCCCGAGCUGCGCCCCAUCGUCUCGCGGUACGGCUUCGACCCGUCGGUCGUCGACCCUUGCGGGCCCUCGCCGGUGCUGAUCCACCUGCCGCUGCUGCGGCGCCUCACGCCGGGCUGGCUCCGCCUCUCCUUUGCACUCAAGCGAGACGACGAGGCCAGCCGCGUGUUCGGGUGGGUGCUCGAGAUGUGGGGCUACACCCUUGCCGCUGCCCAGCUCGGCGUGCGCCACGAGUGUGUGGAGCAGCUGCAGCAGGAGCCGUCGUCGCUCUGGCACACGGAGCUCGACGGCGAGCCCUACAUCUACCACUACACCUUCGGGCUCGAGUUUACGACCGACGGGCUGCCGGUCACGGGGGUCGGG